UUACACAUGAACCUGUUAAACCAUUUUUACAACCUAGUUUAAGUGCAAACACCAAAUUCAUAAAAUCUUGGGCAAGCAAACAAAUUGGGUCACACAUGCAACCAACUCCUUUAAAUUUUACAAAGAUGCCAUUAAACCCUGGUAAAAGUGCUGCUGUUAUUGGUCUCAUGCCCUUGAAUCCUGGUAAAAGUACUGCGGUUAUCGGUCUCAGUGGUAUUUAUGAUAAUGGAAAAACUGAAAGUGAUUCGGAAUGUUAUUUUGUGAUUUGA